GGCCAAGGCAAAGCGAUCGUCAUGGGCCGCAUUCAACGCUUCAAGUUCCCUUCUCCCUCCUCAGCCCGCCAUUGAACGCCAAAACGCUCGCCAUGUCAGCGCUACGGAUAUUGGUCCCCAUUAAGCGGGUAAUUGACUAUGCGGUCAAGCCGCGCGUCAACAAGGCGCAAACCGGCGUCGAGACGGCCGGUGUCAAGCACAGCAUGAACCCCUUCGACGAGCUCUCGGUCGAGGAGAGCGUGCGCAUCCGCGAGAAGUCCCGGGCCCCCGGCGGCGUCGAAGACAUCUGCGUCCUCAGCGCCGGGCCCCCGAAGGCCCAGGAUGUGCUGCGCACCGCCAUGGCCAUGGGCGCCGACCGGGCCAUCCACGUCGACGUGAAGGAGGGCCAGGACCUCGAGCCCCUGGCCGUUGCCAAGCUGCUCAAGGCGGCCACCGAGCAGCAGAAGAGCAAUCUCGUCAUCCUCGGCAAGCAGAGCAUCGACGACGACGCCAACCAGACGGGCCAGAUGCUGGCCGGCCUUUUGGGGUGGCCGCAGGCUACGCAGGCGAGCAAGGUUGAGUUUGGCGAGGGAGAUGCGGUUAGCGUCACGCGUGAAGUGGACGGCGGCGUUGAGACGGUGCGCGCGAAGCUGCCGAUGAUCAUCACGACGGAUCUGCGCCUCAACGAGCCGCGCUAUGCGAGCCUACCGAAUAUCAUGAAGGCGAAGAAGAAGCCGCUGGAGAAGAAGACGCUGGCCGACUUUGGCAUUUCGGCGGAGAAGAGGCUCAAGGUGCUCAAGGUUACGGAGCCACCUGCGAGGCAAGGCGGCGGCAAGGUGGAGGACGUGGACGGUCUCAUUUCCAAGCUCAAGGAGCUCGGUGCUAUCUAGAGGACCGGACGGGACCCUGUAUAUAUUACCGACUGUCUCGCGCAAUAGAGCCAACGGCAGGUUGUACUAUCCACGACAUGGGAAGAUGCAAUAUGCGCAGCCUCCGAGCCUCGAUUCUGAGGACUGAUGCAAGCCCAUUCAAUGGGGGCAAUGUCUACCUACGCAGUACAUACCUGGAGAGGUUACACAGGUUACACGACCCCGCGAUUUGGCCUCUGACGUCUGCCAGCCCCGGAUGGUUGUUUCC